AUGGGCAAGUACAUGCGCAAGGUCAAGGUUUCCGGCGAGGUAGCCAUCAUGGAUGUGUCCUCCGCUCCGCUCGGAGUCCGCACCCGCGCGCGCGCCCUCGCGCUGCAGCGCCUGCAGAAGCAGCAGGCGCAGGGGGAGGAGGGAGCCGGCGGCGAGUACCUGGAGCUAAGGAGCCGGAGGCUCGAGAAACUGCCGCCGCCGGCGGCGCCCAUGAGGAGGAAGACGGCGGCCGCGGCCGCCGCUGCUAAGGAGGAGGUGGAGGCGUCGUACGGGGAGAACAUGCUCGAGUUGGAGGCCAUGGAGAGGAAUACCAGGGAGAUGACGCCCUGCAGCUUGAUUAACUCUGAGAUGAUUGGCACUCCCAGGACUCCCGGAUCCACAACAAGAUCUAGUCACUCUUCCCACCGCAGGGUGAAAGCUCCUCCGGUGCAGGCCGUCCCAAGUUCAAGGGAGAUGAAUGAGUACUUCGCUGCUGAACAGCGACGCCAACAACAGGCUUUCAUUGACAAGUACAACUUUGAUCCUGUAAAUGACUGCCCUCUCCCAGGCAGGUUCGAAUGGGUGAAGCUAGACUGA